AUGUCCAUGGAGACGCCAGUUGGACUAUUUCAGUACCCGGUCACGAAGUUGUGCAUGGUAUCCUGUGCUGUGGUCCCCCUCGUUGCAUCUGUUGCAGGAUGGAAGUAUCAUUUCCUGCUUCAAUUCGACCCCUUCCUCUCUCUGCACCAUCAAUACUACCGCUUGCUAUUGUUCCAGAUUGGAUGUUUGAAUGAGAGUGACGUGGCGCUGAUGGUUCUUAUAUGGUACCAUUUUCGGCAAAUAGAGAGAGUGUUUGGAUCCCUAAAGUACAUCAACCUGAUCUCCUUGGUAUUUGUCUACACGACCGUGCUCCUCGCAGUAUUGAAUACUGUGAUGAACUACGUCUUGCCCGGCUGGUUCUGGAACAGGUAUCCAACCGGUGCGCUGCCUAUUCUACUGGCACUCUUCCAUUUUUACAAAGAAUACACUCCGAAGAUUUACGAGUUCGAGGUGUUCUUGGCACCAUUUAUCAGGCCGAAGGACAAGCUGGUCAUCAAACUCAGCGACCAGUUCCUAGUGAACGCACUGAUUGCUCUCGCAAUGCUGAACCAGGGUGCCAUUGGCGUUGCCACUGGGUUCAUCUCAUGGAUGAUAGGCGUAUUUAUCGACAACGGGAUCCUUGUUGGCCUAUCCACCUGGAAACUACCGCUAAUGGCCCGUCUGCUAUCCACCAGAGCACGAACAUCUAUCAACGCUGCGGACCAAACGACAAGUGCUAUCGACACUCCGCAACGCGUUCGCACCCAAGAUAUCUUGCAAGACACACAGGCGGCUGCUCCAGCAAGAAACGACACCCCGUCCACCGCCGGUAUCACAACACCAGAAGACUCAGAACCAAACGAUGAACCAGUCAGACCGUUGCGGACCCAAUUUCUCGACACUUUCAGGCGUUGA